AUGAAAACGCAGUUCGCGGAUUACAGUGCGUAUACGUAAUGCUUAGCCUGAUUGCGGGUUUGCAGAGCACUUUAGAUGGGGUUUAGAUUUAAAUGACAUUAGUGCUGAGGUGUGCGGCUAUGAAUUUAAAAGCGAAAGUAACAUCCGGCAGUGGAAUCAGUUGAGUUCCAAAAGGCCAUAGAAAAUGAGGAAAGUUAGCAUUUUAUUCUAUUUUUUGGUCAGUGGAGUGGCUUUCUCGAUGGGACAUCUUCAGUUCCUCAAGGAAUUCCUGGAAGCAGUGCACACAGAACGAGACAUUUCAACUAUACUUCUGCUGCAAAGGGGUAGUCAAAGAAAUGACUUACUUCAAGGACUAUAUCCCCUAUACUUGCCUAUAAUUCGUUUGAAUGAAACUCAAAGCAUUGAGUUGGUGAACCAUUACAACAAGGAAUUUCUGGCAGUGGUUUAUAUGGAAUCCAAAGAUGAUAUAUUGCUAAUCUCAGCACUGGCAACCAACUUAAAUCAUAUCAGAGAGGCGAGGAUUGUGAUUUGGCUGGAGUUCAAUACUUCUGAAGACCUUCUCGAAGAAUUCUCGCUAGCGGUAACUAAGCACAAGUUCCUUCAUCUCUUGGUUAUAGAUAAAACCUUACAAGUUCGACGGCUUUCUCCCUUUCCUGAGCCCAAGUUCCAAGUGAUUGAUGAACUUCUGGAAGAAAACGAGAUUUUCCCACUUCGCUGGAACAACUUUAUGGGUAAAGUGGCUGUGACAAUGCCCGACUUUGUGACACCAAGAAGUUUCCUUUCGACAGAUCCAAAAACAGGUCGCACAAAAAUCAGUGGCUGUACCUACGAAAUUAUUAAGAACUUUGCAAGCCGCUACAAUAUCACAUUGCAAUUUCAUAGAGCCCUGAAUGAUACUAUGCGUCAAACGGAACUCAUAGAGAAGACCAUUGGGGGAGAGAUAGAUCUGCCAAUAACAGGGCAGUUGACCAACUUCAGACACCCCAACGGAUCUAGGAUUGAGCCUUUUUUGGGAAUGACAGCCCUGUCAAUUACAGUGCCUUGUGGAAAAGAGUUGUCACUGCUCGAAAAAUUCCGUCUUCUCUACGGAUAUGCAUCGUCGAUCAUUUUUUUUUCUUAUAUCCUGUUGAGCACCAUGGAUGUUGUACUUCGGACCCUUGGUGAAAGAAUCAAUCGAAAUCCAGCUCGUUUUAAAAUACUUAACGUAGUUUUUAACCUGCGGGUACUUCGUUGUCUUCUGUCCAUGUCGAUUCCUCUGGGGAAUCGCCUUAGAUCCUUCAUGGGACAGAUUACAAUGGUGAUGAGCUUCACAGGCCUGAUCAUGGCUACCAUCAUAGCCGCCCAAACCAACACUGUCCUGACCAUGAAGCCACAGUACCGACACAUCAUGAACUUUGAGGAACUGCGCGAUAGUAAGAUUACUGUGGUUUUUAACAACCUCAACUACAAGUCAAUCAACUUGGCGAUGGAUCCCAAGUUUAUGUCAAGCUUUUUGCCCAAUAUCUGGGUAGUGAGUGGUUGGGAGCAAAUGAAGAUGAUCAGUGAUUUGAAUUCAAGCUAUGCCUAUCAGACAUAUUCGUACAAACACGAUGCUUUCUCGGAGCUUCAAAAGCACUCCACCCGAAAGGUUUUGUGUAGGUCUCCCAAUUUGGAUCUGGUCAGCGGACUCACCUAUACGGCGGUCCUGCAGCAGAACUCUAUUUACGCACUGGCCUUACGGGAUUUUGCCUAUGAUAUCUGGAGUUCCGGACUUAUAACUUACUGGGUCGACGUAGCGCUCGGGGAACUUACGUCUAUGAUGCGGCAUGUUCGAUUCGGCAAGCUACCGAUUGUUACAGGCUAUGAAGCCAUUGACCUCCGGGAUUAUCAAGGCGGUUGGCAAGUUAUCAUAGCGGGUUGUACCCUAUCGAUUUGUGUUUUCGUCGGGGAAGUACUUGUGCAUUGGAUUGGCAGAAGGAUGAGGAAUAUAUAA